AUGCCACGAUCCGUCCCCUCCUAUAUACCCUCCGCUCCGGAGGAAGACACAGACCAGCCUCCCGAAGAUGCCGGCCCCCGACACACACCCCGAACGGCACCACCCUCUCCGUCCGCCAUGCGACGAAGCUAUAGCAUAUUUUCAGGGUCACACACCAACUAUCAGUCGUUAGAGCCGCCCCUGGAGGUCGGUGAGACAACCAGCCUCCUUGGAAAGGCCAAGGAGGGCCUCCGUGUCCUACCGCAACGCUCCUACACUACCUUUUCUGCCUCCUCGGGGCCCGACGCUGCCUUUAGACAUACACUCAUGGCGAGUAGUCUUCGUCGGUCACGCCAUCACAGUCGGGCGAACUCGACAAACCGGCGGUUUAGUCGUCGGCCGAGUUUAGAUGGAGCAGCUCUCCCUGAGAGUGUACCCGGUUCGGCCAAGGACCCGAUGACGGCUUCCUUCAUGGACGACCGGCUCUGGUAUGACCAGUUUACCUCCACCGACUGGGUACAUGAUAGUGUUGCCGAUGGAGUACGGCUCCGGGAGCUGCGGCGGCGAAAGGAUAUUCGCGGUCGGAUACUUGCUUUGUUUGACGGUUCCCAGGGCUGGAUCCUGGCUGCACUGAUUGGAUGCAUUACGGCGGCGAUUGCUUAUUUCGUGGAUGUAUCGGAAGACUAUGUUUUUGAUUUAAAGGAAGGUGUGUGUACAACAAACUGGUUUCGGAGCCAUCAGCAUUGCUGUGCGAAUGGCGAGGACUGUCUGGCGUGGCGGUCGUGGUCAGAGUUGAUGAACCACCAUGCUGGUGGUAGUGUCUGGGUCGACUUUGGGGUUUACGUCCUCUGGUCUGUGGCCCUAGCGGUUAUCUCCUGUCUUCUGACGUUGAUGACCAAAACGGUCGUUCCGUCCUCGGUCUCUUUGACUACCUUGGACGAGAACUUGGCCGCGGGUUGGUCUCGUGGUUCGAAGCGUGGAUCGGAUGAUGUCUCGCCUGCUUCUGCGAGCGGCUCGUCGCCGAUGCCACCGCUACCCACGCGUCCUGAUAUGAUCUAUUACUCUGCUGCCGGUAGCGGUGUCGCCGAGGUCAAGGUCAUCAACAGUGGUUUCGUUCUCCACGGGUACCUCGGCUUCAAGACCUUGGUCAUCAAGACUCUGGCUCUUGUUUUCAGUGUCGCCUCUGGCCUCAGUCUCGGUAAGGAGGGCCCGUACGUGCACAUUGCUACCUGCGUUGGAAAUAUCUGCUGCCGACUCUUCACGAAGUACAACCUCAACGACGGUAAACGGCGUGAGGUCCUCAGUGCUAGUGCCGCCAGUGGUGUCGCUGUAGCCUUUGGAGCGCCCAUCGGCGGCGUCCUCUUCAGUCUAGAGGAAGUCAGCUACUACUUCCCGCCGAAAACGCUUUUCCGGACAUUCUUUUGCUGUAUCGCCGCGGCGCUGUCGUUGAAGUUCUUGAACCCCUAUGGCACCGGCAAGAUUGUGCUGUUCGAAGUGCGCUACCUGGGCGACUGGGAACUCUUUGAGCUGGGCAUCUUCAUGGUCUUGGGAGUCAUGGGCGGUGCUCUGGGUGCUUUGUUCAUCAAAGCCUCUAGCAUCUGGGCCAAAUCGUUCCGUCGCAUCCCCGUCAUCAAGCGGUGGCCGCUAUUCGAGGUUGUCCUUGUUGCAUUGCUCACUGGGUUGACCGGCUUCUGGAACCGAUACACGAAACUCCCUGUCACGGAGCUGUUGUUCCAGCUGGCUAGUCCGUGCGAGAAGGAUUCGUUAUCUCCGGAUGGGCUGUGUCCGCACCCAGAGGGCAUCGGCGAGGUUAUCCGUGCCCUCACAAUAGCCUUUGUCCUUAAAAGCUUGUUAACAGUGGUAACUUUCGGCAUCAAGGUACCAGCGGGUAUUUACGUGCCAUCCAUGGUAGUCGGUGGCCUGAUGGGCCGUAUCGUCGGCCACGUUACUCAGUUUUGGGUGAUGAAGUAUCCCAACUUCUUCCUGUUCGGCUCGUCGUGCGCCGCUACUGCCGGUAUGGAAUCCUGUGUCACACCGGGAGUUUAUGCAAUGGUCGCUGCAGGGGCAACCAUGUGUGGGGUUACACGGCUGUCGGUCACCCUUGCAGUUAUUCUCUUCGAGCUGACUGGCAGCCUGGACCAUGUCUUGCCGUUUUCGCUGGCAGUUCUCUGCGCCAAGUGGACUGCGGAUGCGAUCGAACCUCAUAGUAUCUAUGACUUUUUGACUGAAAUGAACUCCUACCCCUUCCUCGACAACAAACUACAGCCCAUGUCCGACGCCCAACUCGGCGAUAUCGUCCGACCAGUCCGACAGAGUCGUAUCAUUGAUAUUACGGAAUCCCCUCUUGUCCCGGCACGAGAACUGCGCUCGAAGCUGCAGCAUCUCUUGAUGGCGGGCGAGCUGGACAGCGGUCUUCCGAUCCUACGUGACAACAUUCUGAUCGGACUUAUUCCUGCGCCGGACCUCGAAUACGCGCUCGAUAACCUCGGCGACGAGGAUAACUCGAUCUGUCUGAUGGCUAUUGACACGUCUUCGGCUAUCGCUGACGCUGACGACGACGAUACCGUUCAAGUGGACUUUACUCAAUUUAUAGAUCCGGCCCCUCUCGCCCUUGAUAUCCAUUCGCCUAUAGACCUUGUUUACCAAUGCUUCGUCAAGCUUGGACUGCGUUACCUGUGUGUUAACCACGACGGACAAUAUGCAGGGCUGGUACAUAAGAAAGCCUUUGUGAAGUACAUGAAAGAGCACGAGUGA